AUGCCACCAAAAGCUGCCGCUGAGUCGAAGCGUCGCAGUACUCCGCGAAGAAAGGUUGCUCUGGCCUGCGACUCGUGCAGAGAGAAGAAGAUCCGGUGCGAUGGGAACAAGCCCAUCUGUGGGCCAUGCACCAGACGGGCGUAUCGGAUCGACCAGUGCGUCUACAGCUCGGAUAACGCCCGGUCUGCCAGCAGAGACGAAUAUUUUCAGACCCUUUGUCAGCGAAUCAGAGGACUGGAAGACGCCUGUUUGAGGGCCGGGGUCUCUAUCGACUCAUCGGAUCCCCAGACUCGAUGUGAACUCAGAGAUCCCAGCAGACACGGUAGAGACCCAGCUGAGGACAGUCCACAACCUGUCGAGACUGCUGGACUAAAUCCAGUCACACCGGGGCAUCCGGUGCCAAACGGACAGAGUGACAGGGCAAAUAGCCAGUCUGGAUCCGUAGAAGAGACUGCGGAGAGUACCCAAAAUGCAGCCUACGAAUCGCCGUUGUUCGACGAUGGGGGAGGCCACAUUACGGGCAUGGGCCAGAUUACAGCCCUGGACGAUGGAGCCAGGCGCCAGUCGUCUCGAUUUCAAUUCUAUGGCAGUUCUUCCACAGCCUCGCUCAUGCGGUUUGCCUGGCAGUCGAUGCCUUCGCAGCCAGUGAAUUCUUCGUGCCCCGAACGUAUGUCCAGUACUCUCCAGGAUACUUUCACUGAGUACCGGUUCGACGAUUUUGCGCUGCCACCGCGCACACUGGCAGACCACCUCGUCGGCUGCUUUUUCAGCCACGUCUACACCCUCUAUCCAUUCUUCGACCGUCCCGCAUUUGAAGCGGCAUAUAGAAAUCUGUGGCGUGCUGAGGAUGAGGCGGCGGUCCCUCUCACAGACCUGAGAAUUGGACUGGGUUCAGCCGCAGAAUCUGGGCCUAGAUCAAUCCUCUUCCAUUGUGCAUUAAAUUAUAUCUUUGCCUUGGGCUGUCAGUUUGCGGAUAUUGCCCCGGAGGAAGUCGAGCACGUUGCGAACUCCUUCUUCCUUCGAGGGAAGCGGUUUAUUGGACUCGAUUUGCUUGACAUCAAUACCCUUGGUGUGGUUCAGACUUUACUGAUCACGGCACUUUUUCUGCAGAGCUCUCCCUAUCCCAGCCGCUGCUGGCAUUCCGUCGGGGUUGCUUGCAGGGUUGCCCUGGGCCUAGGACUGCAUGAGUCGGAUACCCUUGCCACCUUGACGCCUUUGGAGUCUGAUAUUCGGCGCCGAACCUGGCAUGGCUGUGUGAUGAUGGAUGUCACUCUGAGCAUGACAUAUGGCAGACCAACCAUGACGACUCAUCUGGCUCCUCUUCCCCCUCCGGAUGGUUUCGAUACCUCCCGUCCAGACGGGCCCAGUAACUGGACACUGAUGGCAUUCUAUACUGAGGCCAUUAAGCUUUACGGUAUCCUAGACAGAAUACUAUCUGAUGUAUACUCCGCUUGGCGUGGCCGGUCAUGCCAGGGUCAAUCACAGUCCCCGACGAGGAGCCUGGGAGGCCUAGACGUCGUCCUUGAGAUCGAACGACAACUCACUCUAUUCGAGGCCAAUCUUCCGUCGUUCCUUAAGUGGAACUCGGGCAUGCAUUCAGAUAGAGGCCUGGGUCAGGCAAUUUCUCAGCAGAGAAAUGUUCUUCAUGCGAGAUACGUGCAUCUCCACCUCCUUCUACAUCGUCCUAUCUUCACCCAGCUGUACUCGGAACGAGUACGCGAGCGCGAGUCCACAGGUGAGAGCAACUCACAAGAGAGCCCGGCUGCUCAGAACCUCGCAACUCGGCGCACCUUGUACUCGUCUAUGGCUACCAAGUCUGCAACGGCCUGCGUGAUGGCAGCGAUUGACCUCACGCACCUCGUCCACGAGACCUACCACACCAAUGCGACUGAUGCAUGGUGGUACAAUGGAUUCUAUGUGUCAACCGCCGCAAUAGUCCUCCUCAUGUCCUUCUCCGCCCCGUCAAUGCUCCGUCCAUCCGCCAUGGAUAAAGCCCGAGAAGCCUGGAGAGAAGCAACAAGCGUUCUAGAGUCCAUGGCUACAGUGAGCGUGUCCGCAAGCAACACACUCCGAUUCCUCCGUGCUGCGUAUCGCCAGGCGGUUUCCGGUUAUGGUGACGUCCAACAAACAGAAGCAGGGGAUCGCGCUGCCAAUUCUAAUUGUAAUUCUGCUUCGUUUCAGUUGCAUCUGAAUGACAUGGGCCAAACUCAUGAUCCGUUUGAUCACCCAGAUCAUGACCUAAUGCAAGUGCCGUUUUUCAAUUGGGAGGAAUAUGUGGCGAAUAUGGGACAAGGGCAGGGACAGGGGCUGGAUGAUUUAGGGUUCUUGACGAGGCUCGACUUUCCUGAUACUUUAAGUUAA